GACGCUUUUGAAUUCCAAUUUGAAAGAGAACCAAGAGGCAGGCACUCUUUCCUCAAAGCCAAGCUCCUUAUGGGGGCUUGAGCGCUGUGAAUCGUCCAGGGUUCAUUGGAUUGGUGGUAAAAACGAAUCACAAAGCUCCGUCAUGCCAGGCUGCGUCAUGGCCCAGCGCAGAUGCCAUAGGCUCCAGAUUCAAGAGUGUUUGUCGAACCGAACACAACUUGUCGACAUUCUUCAUUUCGAGACGGCUGGACCGGCCGUUGCAGAGGCUUGCGGGUCAUGUCGCAUUCUUCAGAUGACUUCUACUGCGUCCCAGUUCAAAGUGCUGGAGAGGGGACUGGUUUGCACAUCGCAAGACUUUUGGCACAUCACAUUCAGUCCGUGAAGUGUGCAUCGUGAAAACUCCGUGUAAUGAGGAGUUGCCUUUGUUUUCUUCAAGUAACGCCUUGAGAUGUUUCCAGCCCUGUGAGUUGCCAACUCUAAUUUGACAUGGAUUCGCAGCAGGAUCAUUUGAAAGCUGAGUUUGUUUAGAGUUUAGAGCUUCCAUUCAAGGAGAACUUCCAGUUCUUUUGCUUGCCCCUCACCACUAGAACCAUCACUGGCACUUGUUGGUGCCUUUCUUCAAGCGUCAUCAAAUUUUAUUUGCUACCAACUCAGCACCCCAAAAUUUUGUUUUUGCCGGAUUUGCAUGGAUUUGCGCUCAACAUUUAUUCAUUCAAUCGCGUGAAGUCUUUAUGUACUCUUUGCGGCAUGGCAUUCCAAGAGUGCUGUGAGGAAUGUUGAGUAGCUCCUGCGUUCUGGAUUGUUUAGGAACUGCAUGCGACACAACUCUUUGAUGCCCGCAUUUGGACAUUCCUAAGUCGAUUGAGUUUUGCUAGGAUUCUCCGAUCAUGUGCAAUGCCUGCUUUCAAUGUGUGUAGUCUUUUGCAGCACGUUUCAGCCCAUAUGUUUGCUUCCUGCCAAUUGCUCAAGAUCUACAACAUUUUGAGCCUGGUCACUUCGAAGGCACCGUUGGCUUUAGCCCGUGCUGUGCGUUUGACAAACACGCUGCGCGAUGAUGAGACAGAUUUUCCUCUGUUUGUCGAAGUAGUUUCGAAGCCAGCAUGCAACGGCAUCCACCGUGAACAGAGGUGGUGUGUCAGCAGCUGUUCAAAGACCCUGCCUGCACCUUCAAGCAUUCUAUUUCACUGGAAUGAAUGGAACAACGUGUGGGUGUGGUACACCAUGGUUGACCGAACUCGGCAAUGAUUCGUUUUGAGACUUCGACUUCUACAAGCUGGGUGCUUCUGCCAAACUGCUUGAGCAAGAUUUCAUGUCAAAAUUCACGAUGUACCAAAGCAGCACGGUGGACCAUGUCGCUAUUGCUUGCCCCAGUUCCGUUUAGGUGUAUGCACCUGUACUAGUUACAAAGAGUUUGUUUGGCCGCUGUGAUCUUCAGAGGUGUGCUGACCAACUUACUAAAGAACCAUGAUCUUGUGUGAUGCUCUCGAUUUCAAAACGCAUAUUUGCGACACAGGACUUUUGAGAUUAGACCCACUCAUAGCGCCAGUAGUGCCACUGUCACUUUGCAAAACCUAGGGGUUUGCAGACUUUCCAAGUUCCGGCGCACGUCGAAAAAUUUGAUGCCAAGCCCAGACGACUUGAAGCCGCUGCAAAUUUCCAUGCUCGGCAUUGCUCGGAGGCGCGGGGCUUUGAAUGUUUUGCACAAUUGAAAUCCCCCGGAGUCAGCUAAAGUGCUCUGGUACAACAUUACCAGGAACAAAACCCUGAGCUGUUCAAGUCUCACUCCGAUUGAAGUAGGGUUUGAUAUGCGGAUCAGACGCCCGGCGAGACAAGAAAACUGACCUCGUCCUGCUUGCUCGAUAUGGGUCGUUUUUGU